ACUUGUAUAAUUAAACAUCAACUUUAACAUACUAUAUACAAAUAUGACAAAGUCUGGUUUCCGUAUCGAAAAGGACACGUUUGGUGAACUCAACGUACCUAUUGACGUCUACUGGGGUGCACAGACCCAAAGAUCCUUACAAAACUUUGACAUUGGUGGUCCGUCUGAACGUAUGCCUCCUGCGCUGAUAAAAGGAAUGGCGAUUCUGAAAAAAGCUGCUGCAAAAAUCAAUAUGGAGUAUGGACUUGAUGCUUCUGUAGGUGAAGCAAUCAUCAAGGCUACUGAUGAGGUGAUCGCGGGUAAAUUAGAUGCCCACUUUCCUCUGGUUGUUUGGCAGACUGGAUCAGGAACUCAAUCACAUAUGAAUGUCAACGAGGUACUUUCUAACCGAGCAAUUGAAAUUCUCGGUGGUACCCUCGGUAGCAAGACACCAGUUCAUCCCAAUGAUCAUGUCAAUAUGAGCCAGUCUUCUAAUGAUUCUUUUCCUACAGCUAUGCACAUUGCGGCUGUUUUGGAAAUUCGUGAACGCCUAUUGCCUGCCCUUGAUACUCUAAAGGACGCAAUCAAGGCCAAAUCGGACGAGUUUGAUAACAUUAUCAAGAUCGGCCGUACCCAUCUCCAGGAUGCCACGCCUCUGACACUGGGCCAAGAGUUCUCGGGCUAUGUCCAGCAGCUAACAUACGGAAUCCAGCGAAUCCAAAACACCCUGCCACGUCUGUCGCGUCUUGCUCAAGGCGGAACUGCAGUCGGAACAGGACUCAAUGCUCGUCCUGGAUUUGAUGUCAAGGUUGCAGAAGUUGUGUCAGAAUUGACAGGAUAUCCGUUUGAAACGGCGCCAAACAAAUUUGAGGCUUUGGCUUGUAAUGAUGCUAUUGUAGAGGCACACGGAGCAUUGAAUACUGUGGCUGUGUCGUUGAUGAAGAUUGCAAAUGACAUUCGAUUGCUUGGAUCUGGACCGCGUUGUGGACUGGGCGAGCUUUCUUUGCCCGAGAAUGAGCCUGGAUCUUCUAUUAUGCCUGGUAAGGUGAACCCAACACAAUGUGAGGCCAUGACUAUGGUGUGCUGUCAAGUAAUGGGUAACAAUACGACUAUUUCUAUUGCUGGAUCAAAUGGACACUUUGAGUUGAAUGUAUUUAAGCCUGUGAUGAUCAAGAAUCUGUUGCAGUCGAUUCGGUUGUUAAGUGAUGCGUCCAGAUCAUUCACCAAUAACUGUGUGGUGGGAAUUGUGGCCAACAGACAAAAGAUCAAGGCUAUCAUGAACGAGAGUCUGAUGCUUGUGACUGCACUCAACCCUCACAUUGGCUAUGACAAGGCUGCCCAGUGUGCCAAGAAGGCGCACAAGGAAGGAACGACUCUUUUGGAGGCAGCACUGUCGCUUAAUGUCUUGACAAAAGAGCAAUUUGAGGCAUGGGUUAAGCCUGAAGAGAUGCUGGCACCUCGUUAAUACAUAUUAUAUACUUACACAUAUAUUUCUGUAAAUAAAUAUAAAUCUAUACAAAUAU